CCAUGGGGGUCGAGGUCGAAGGCGAAGAUGGUACCAAACUUGUGUUGGGAACCUCUGGUAAUAUCUUGUUUGGACGAGGCUCAGGGUUUAACACCAACGACCGCACCGUUUCUCGCCGUCACAUUUCGCUCCAGCUGAGAAGCUCGCUUGAGAAGAGCGAUGCCGGGGGAGAGCCUAGGGUUUCGUUUGAAGUUAUAGGAAGGAACCCCAUUUGGGUGUUUAGCAAGAACGAUGGAGGAAUUCGGAUAUUCAGGAAGUUCGAGAAAGAUGAGAUGGAGGUUGGCGACCGUUUCUGUUUGUCUGGGAAGGCGCCCGUUUGGUUCGAUUUGAAAGACAGUAAAGUUCAAGAAGGAAAGAAGAAGACUGUUUCGAAUACUGAGGAGGAGGUUUCCGAGUGUUCAAGUAAUGGGCUUGACAUGGAAGACAUUGAUGUUUCAGGAAUUGAUCCUGUUAAAGAGUUUGGUUUUGUUGUGAUGGGGCACGAGUUUGACCACUAUCCCAAGGACAAGAUCCUCAAUGUGAAGAGUUGGAACUGGUUCCUGGAGGAACCUAACAAGGAUGAUGAAGAUGAGGAUGAUUUUGAAGAGAAGAGGCCGACCAUCAGAAGAAAGCGAAAGAAAGGUAAAGACAACAAAGAUGAAGAUGAUGACUGGACUGUGGAAAGUGAAGAGGAUACAAACCUUGUCGCAAGCGUGAGGAAAGUAAGAAGGUCUGGGUACUCUACUCGGUCAAAAGACCAAAAUAAACAAACCAAGGACAGCGAAGGUGGUAAAAGUUCUGGACGAAAGAAAGCUCCUAGCGUGGAUGAAACUGUUGAAGAUGAAGAAGAUGAGACAUUGGGAGGCUUCAUUGUUGAUGAUGAAGAAGAGGAUCAGGAAGUGGAAAACAGUGAGGAGGAGGAGGAGGAGGAGUUGGAGCUUGAAGAAGAUGAGGUGCAGGAUUAAUAUUGAAAGAGUGAACAGACUACUGGACAGUGAAUGCAUAUUGUAGGCUUUGUAAUGUCAAAUGUCAAUACUACUACUGUUAUGUAUUUUGCCGUAUCAUUACAUCAUUUUGUGUUUCAUGUUUUGGUUUGAAAAGAAUAGUGUAGUUUAAGUUAACUAUUCAA